AUGAAAUCUGUAAGUGAUGAUAACGAUUGGAUGGAACAACGUAGAAGUGUCUCGUUAGCUGAUAACCACAAGGUCGUAAAUUCUUUUGGAUCGAGAAAUAACAGUCUACAAAAUAAUUCAUCACAAAGUAGCGACGCGUCAUCACCAGGAAGUCGAUUAGGAACCGGAUUAGGAUUAAGUAGUAACAGUAAUAAUUUUAAAACGAAUAUUGAUAAUAGUGAUAAUAGAAACCAUAAAAAGAAUAAUAGCAGUAGCAGUAAUGUUAGUCAUGGUAAUAGAAGUAACAUUGGCGAUAAACCAGAUAAUGCAAUAAUGGUCAUCAGACAUAUUUUCCAUAUAAUCACACAAAUCAUCUUAUUAUUAGGAGCAAUUUACAUAGCAUAUUAUUUGGGAGCAACAAAAAUGUUAAGCAGAGUGUAUUGUAUAAUUUUUAUCGCGCUCGUCGUAUUUGUUUAUUUGGUUUGGUUAUUCGCUGCUUGGUUAGGAUAUCCAAAAGAUAGAGGAUCAUUGCUAGUAUCAUUUGCUGCUAAAUAUUGUGGUGGUAGAGACAAUUACUUACCAUAUUCUAAUGAAGGUGACGAAAGUGAUGACGAGGGAAAAAAGGAAAUUACAGCUGUUUCUUCUACUCCUCUAAAUAUAACGAAUGUAAAUAGUGGCAAUAAUGAUGUUGAUGAAGAUGCUGAACAAGACAUGAGGGAUAGAGAAGUUGUUGUCAUGACAAUACCAAAAAGAAGAUUAGCUGUUGUCAAUGUCUAG